GCAACACUAGUCGUUAGAGAGUACUAUAUUCUUUGUGUCAAAGUGUUUAAACUGGAACAUCUGUUUUUAAACACAGGUUUUUAUUCAAGAAAAUGAAGAAUUACUGAAGAAAAUAGCGUAAAGUACUUAGGCAAAAUAAUAGAUAUCAGAAAAAGAAACCGUAAACUGCGCUAAAAUAAUGGAUCAGAUAACGAAGCUGACGGAAGUUAUAAACGAUUGCUUGGUACCCAAACUAGCGCAGGAUUAUGAUGAAGCUAAAAAUCACCCAGAGUUUAUUAUUCGCCAAAAAAAAUUGAAAGAUAAUAUACAUAAUAUUCUUAACAUAGUGAGAGAUGUAAAUCUUAAAACUGUACCCCAUGCUUCUACAUUGAUUGCGAGAUUUAUAAUAUUUUAUGAAGAAUUAAAAACUGAGGGGCCUUGGACCUCAAUUCAGUGCAAACAGUAUGCCCAAAGUUUGGACUGUGCUUUUGACACUGUUUACAAUGUUAGUUUCCAUAAAAUAUUAAGCUCUGAUGUAUUUAAUGCGCAAGAAAUAUUUGAUGAAUGUAUAAAGACUUUGCAUCAAACAGUGACUUCAGAAGAUUUUAGAAGAUAUCCAGCACUUGUAGAAGUAUACAUUUCUCUUGUGAAAAAUAUUAAGAAAUUGACAGUAAAUCCAUCAUCAGUUUUGCCACUAUCACUACUUUUGAUAGAUGAUUAUGAUUCAGUAAACAAAAUGAAGGGAUUGAAAUGUUGCUCUGUAGUGCUUGUUUCACUUAACAACAAGAGCUUUCAAGAUGGUAAUUUUUACGACGUCAUGCUUGGUAGCCUUUUGAAAGCUGCCAGAGAAAAAGAUAUAGAAAUAAUUAGUUUAGUGUUAGAAAAUCUGAUACAGUUGCUCACAAUUUUGCCAGAAUAUGCAAAGAAACCUGCUAUAGAUAAAGCUUUUGCAACCAUUCUGGAUCAAAUAAAUAUGGAAUCAAACUUAUACAGGAAAGCAGCAUGUCUAAAUUUUAUUGCUAAUGUGAUUGAAAUACAGGGAAUCAAUUGCAUUAUAAGGAAAUCAUUUAAAACUAUUUUAUGCAAUAGUUUUGAUGAGUGCUGUAAUGAAGCAGUUGCAGAAAUAUUAUUACCAUCAGCUAUUGAGGUUUUAGAAAUGUGGAUUCAACAUUGUUGGUGUACAUGGAACUUAUCAUCGGACCAGAAAUUACUUUCGAUUUUAUUCAAGUUGCUGUAUAUAACAAAGGAAGAAUCAUUUGUAAGCCAGAUACACAACUUAAUCAUUAUUUUAAUAGGCUUAUGUACCAAAAAAGAACAAGUAAUAAUACUUGAGUCUUUAAAAUCUCCUGAUAUUAAAAGUAAUGAAUUUCUGCAAAGACUACAAAGAAUAAAUAAAGACUUGAGCAAAUAAAAUUUAAAUUUAUUGUAAAA